UUCUCUUCUUUUACCCUAAACACAAGAAGAAGAAGAAAAACCCCAUAUACACGAAUCCUCUUAUUUACCAUUUGAUUUUAUUGUUAUCUUAAAGGUAUAUAUAGCUGCAGAAAUGGAUGCAAGGAAGAUUAAUCUUCACGUUUUAUUACUCUCUUUCUUACUCAUCUCCGAAGUUCCAUUGAUUCUUGGGUUGAGUACGAGAGGCAAUACUAGAUCGGAGACGGAAGUAUUGUAUGGCGGAGAGUACUCCCCGGCGAUGAAGAGCAGGAAGUUGAUGGCUACAAACUUGAAAGUUGAUUAUUCAGGUGAUUAUCAUGAUGGAGCAUCAUUAGCAUCACCAUCACCACCAGUGCCUGAUUAUGAUGAUGAUAUCUAUAAAAGGCAAGGCGAUGUUCCAAGCCCCGGUAUUGGCCACUGAUAAUACGUUUUCAUGUGUAUAGUGAUACACACAUAUAUACACUUUUUGCGCUAUAUAUAUUUAUACAUACAUGUUUACUUGUUUAUAUAUGUUUUUGUUGUAAUAAGGUCGUCUCCGUAUGAUCAUUUUAUGUUGCUUUUCCAUUUUUUCAUUUUUAUUGUCUUUCAAAGUGAUGAACUCCUAUUGAAUUGCCUUCAUUUCCUUGUGUUGAUGAGAGUUUCUUGUAUGUAUGUAAUAGUACUCAUUAGAUAAACCUGCAUUUGUCCUUUGUAAAAAUGUUUUCGCUUACUAAAAGAUGUUACAUAAAAGUUAAUAUAA